GUGAAUACCUUUCUCCUCCUGCAGAAGAAUCAGUAUAAUUUGCCAUCAUGAGAGCGAUUGUUCUGAUGUGUCUGCUGCAAGCAGUUUUUGGCCAGGAUCAAAGUAAAUUCAACUGGAAUGGACCUGUCAACACACAACCCACUGCAGCGCCUAAUCUAGACAAACUAUGCAGUAACGACCAAGCGGCGUGUGGCUGCUGUCUGAUGCAGAAAACGAUGCAGAGGAUGGAGCUGUUCUUUAACAUGACAACCAAAGAAAUGAGCCAGCAGCUCAUGAACUCUAAGAUGACCCUCAACAACAUCAAAAACAACCGCAGCGCCUUCUCAGUCGCCCUGAACAACGAGAAAACUUUGACCUGCUUCGGCCCCUUAGCUGAAGAUAGACGGGUCCCCUACAAGCACGUCUUCCUCAACCUGGGAGACAGCUACAACGCUCAGACCGGCAUCUUCACCGCUCCCAUCUCGGGUGUCUACAGCCUGGCGGUCACCGUCUACAGCCUGUCUCCUCUUGACCUGCCCCAGGCCACCUGCGCCCAGCUGCAGGUGAACGGCGUGGCCGUGGCUCCCCUCAUUGAGAAGAACGGACUGGACAGCGAGGACAGCAGCACCGUUGUGAUCGCCAGGCACCUGAAGGCCGGCGACCAGGUGUCUGUCAGCCUGCUGAAAGGGUGCAACAUCUGCGACGACGCCUCCCACUAUAACACAUUCACCGGUUUCCUGCUGUAUGCUGCUGAGACAGCGUAGCUGCCUCUGGCGUUAACUCUGCUAGAUGACAUCUGUUCAGGUCAACAGUCAUGAGUUCAAUGCUUUGAUCCGUUAUGCUCAGUUUCCUGUUACUUGUGUUUGAGGCAGUCUGCUUUCUUCUGUAAGCCGUGCACAUAAAUUGUUAGCAUCAUGUCGACUGAAGAGUAAAUAUGAACAAAUAACGUAGCGGUUGUUUCUUUUUUAAAUUGAGGUAUCCUGGAUGUAACUUUUGACCCUGUUCCAAUGAAAUGAUCUGAUCUGACUUGCUUUUAUUGUUCAAAUAAAAAUAAACUG